AAUUUUUCUUCCACGAAACGACAUUUUCCAUUUCGGUGUUCACUGCAUUUCUCAGCUCGAAUACCAUGCUCGUCUUCAUCGUCUUGCUGCUCUGCUUCAAGCCUAUCGCCAUUCCAGCUCAAACCCCAGCUCUUCCUCUUCCAGAUUCUGAAAGGAAAGCUCUUAGUGAAAUAGCUGAUCAGCUGGGGAAAAAGGGCUGGAAUUUGAGGCUGAAUCCUUGCGACGGGGACCCAAGCUGGAAUACCCCAGCACAGGAUGACUGGCCAAUCUAUCAAAAUUCUGUUCAUUGCAAUUGCAAAUAUUCUGAUGGUUUCUGUCAUGUUGAAAACAUAUCACUUACAGCUCAGGAUUUAGCAGGUGUCCUUCCUCCUUCCUUGGCGAAGUUACCAUUCCUCAAGAAGAUUGAUCUUACACGCAACUAUUUAAGCGGGACAAUCCCUCCUGAAUGGGCAUCUAUCAAACUUCAAAUCAUGAGUGUCGCUAUCAAUCGAUUAUCUGGACCAAUUCCAACAUAUUUGGGAAAUAUAACCACACUAAGAAGACUGAGUUUGGAGAAUAACAUGUUUAAUGGAACUGUUCCACGGGAACUCGGGAAUCUUGUCAAUUUAGAGAGAUUCAUUCUUUCUGCAAACAAUCUCACUGGUGACCUUCCGAUAGAAUUGAAUAAUAUGACCAGUUUGACUGAAAUUAGGUUGAGCCGAAAUAACUUCACUGGGAAAUUGCCUAGCUUUCAGGCUUGGACAAACCUUCAAAGCGUGGAGAUUGAAGCAAGUGGUUUUGAAGGACCGAUACCUUCAAGCAUUUCUGUAUUGACCAAUUUAACCGAACUAAGAAUCUCUUACUUAAAUGGAGGAGACUCUGAGUUUCCUAUGGUAAUAAACAUGACGAGUCUGGCUAAGUUGAUGUUGAGAAGCUGCAAUUUAAUUGGGAAGAUACCAGAUUAUGUGGGCAGUAUGACACCAUUGCGUAAUCUGGAUCUGAGUUUCAACAAUCUGGAAGGUGAAAUCCCGAGUUUUGAUCUGUAUAAUAUGGAAGUGAUGUGAGUACCAAAUCAGUAAGGACCAC